CCGCUUUCAGAUAAUCUAAUUUUCUCCCAUUCUCAAAAUCUUGUUUUAGUUUUUGUUUUCUUCCCACUUGGAAUCAUGGGGACUGUUGGAAUUGAUGAGGAGCUUAAUCAUCCACUUUUGCAUGAAGUGGAAUCCAGUAAAUUGGCCGAAGCUGCAGAAGAAGGGUUGAUGAUUCAGAAUGAUGAAGUAGAAGAAGAAGAAAGCAGCCUGAAGAAAAGGGUGUGGGAAGAAUCCAAGAAGCUUUGGCAUAUAGCUGGACCUUCCAUUUUCAGUCGGAUUACAUCUUACGGCCUUAACAUCGUUUCCCAAGCUUUUGCUGGCCAUCUUGGCGAUCUUGAACUUGCUUCAAUCUCAAUUUCUAACACCGUCAUUGUGGGCUUCAAUUUCGGCCUUCUGUUGGGAAUGGCGAGUGCAUUGGAGACGUUAUGUGGGCAGGCCUUUGGGGCAAAGAAGUACCACAUGUUGGGAAUAUAUUUGCAGAGAUCAUGGAUUAUUCUGUUCAUUGCUUGUAUCGCCUUGCUGCCCUUUUAUGUCUACGCCACGCCGAUUUUGAAGCUUUUGGGUCAAUCUGAUGAAGUUUCGGAGCAAUCCGGAUUGUUAGCCCUGUUGUUCAUUCCACAGCAUUUCAGCUUUGCGUUCCAGUGCACGUUGCAGAGGUUCUUUCAGAGUCAGCUGAAGACAGGAAUACUUGCUUGGGUAUCUCUGAUCGUGCUUAUAAUUCACGUGUUCAUAAGUUGGCUUUUUGUGUCUUAUUUGCAACUGGGAGUAGUCGGUAUCACGAUAACUUUGGAUAUUUCUUGGUGGAUUUUAGUGCUGUUGUUGUUUGGGUAUGCUGUUUUGGGAGGUUGUCCUGAAACGUGGAAAGGUUUCUCUAUGCAAGCUUUUUCUGGGCUUGGGGAGUUCAUGAAACUCUCUACUGCUUCUGGUAUCAUGCUUUGCGUCGAGAAUUGGUACUAUAGAAUAUUGAUUUUAAUGACCGGAAACCUGGAAAAUGCUACAAUUGCAAUUGGUGCAUUGUCUGUUUGCAUGAGCAUUAAUGGGUGGGAAAUGAUGAUUCCAAUGGCCUUCUUUGCUGCAACAGGAGUAAGGGUGGCUAAUGAGCUCGGAGCAGGGAAUGGAGAGGGCGCAAAAUUCGCAGCUAAAGUUUCCGUGGUGCAAUCCCUGAUAAUUGGUAUCUUUUUCUGUGGACUCAUCAUGGUCCUUCAGGACAAGAUUGCACUUAUUUUCUCGUCAAGUGCUCAAGUCAUUGAGGCAGUGGGUGAUUUGUCCUACCUCUUAGCUAUAACCAUUUUGCUAAAUAGCGUUCAACCAGUCCUAUCAGGGGUUGCUCUGGGAUCGGGCUGGCAGAGCUGUGUCGCCUACAUAAAUCUUGCUUGCUACUACCUCGUUGGACUUCCAUCUGGUGUGGCUCUAGGUUAUUUUUUCCACUACGGCGUUGAGGGAAUAUGGGGUGGAAUGAUUUUCGGAGGGACAGCUGUGCAGACAGUAAUAUUAGCGAUCCUAACAGUAACAUGCGAUUGGGAGAAGGAGGCCAAGAAGGCUGCAUCCAAACAAAAAGAAAUAGUAUGUCAAAGUAUUCUUACUAUUCCUUACAGAAUCUUAACAAUUUCGAGUGAAAUUUUCACAAUCAUUUCUAUAGACUCUAGAAAAAUGGAUGAAAAUCUUGAGCAUCAAUUGCUGCAAGGUGAUCUCAACAACAACCACGAAGAGGAAGAUCUGAAAACAACGGUGUUGAUUGAAACAAACAAGCUAUGGCAAGUUGCCGGCCCGGCCAUCGUAACCCGUCUAACAAAUUGUACACUCAGUAUCAUCACUCAAGCCAUCGCCGGCCACUUUGGUGCUGUCGAAUUAGCUUCCAUGUCCAUCGCUUAUAAUGUCAUUGUUGCCUUCAACUUCGUCUUCCUGUUAGGAAUGGCAACGGCAUUGGAGACGUUAUGUGGACAAGCCUAUGGAGCUAAAAGGUAUAACAUGUUAGGGAUAUAUUUGCAAAGAUCCUGCAUUGUAUUGGGUUUAGCCAGCAUUUUAUUAUUACCAAUCUACGUCUACGCAACUCCAAUUCUGAAGCUCCUGGGUCAACCCGAAGACGUGGCCGAGUUAACCGGGUUGAUUUCAAUUUGCUUCAUCCCAAUGCAUUUAGCAUUUCCCUUCAUUUCUGCGGUCCAGAGGUUCUUGAUGACUCAGUUAAAAAUCAACGUUGUCGCCGUUAAUUCAACGUUGAGUUUAAUGAUUCAUGUGUUCAUCAGUUGGGUCUUGGUUUUCAAGCUUGAGCUGGGAAUUUUUGGAGCAGCUGCUGCUUUGGUUAUAUCCACUUGGGUUUCUUUUAUCGGUUUGUUUCUGUAUGUUAUUUGUGGCGGGUGCCCGUUGACUUGGAACGGGUUUUCCAUCGAAGCGUUUUCUGGACUCGGGGAAUUUCUCAAACUUUCCGCUGCCUCCGGCAUCAUGAUUUGCUUGGAGUUUUGGUACUACAGAAUUUUGCUAGUGAUGACCGGAAAUCUGAAGAACGCCACCAUUGCCGUGGACGCACUGUCAGUAUGCAUGAACAUCAAUGUCUGGGAAUCGAUGAUUCCUCUAGCCUUCUUAGCUGCAACCGGGGUAAGAGUAUCAAAUGAGUUGGGUGCUGGAAACGCAAAGGGAGCAAAAUAUGCAGCCAAAGUGGCAUUGGUGCAAUCCUCUAUAAUAGGGAUCGUUUUCUGCGUAAUUGUAUUGAUAUUUAACAAGAAGCUGGCCCUUAUAUUUUCAACUAGCCCCGAUGUCAUCAAUGAAGUUGACAAACUCACUUACCUUCUGGCUCUCACAAUUCUACUCAACAGCAUCCAACCCGUUCUAUCCGGGGUGGCCAUAGGAUCAGGAUGGCAGUCAAUUGUGGCCUAUGUGAAUUUGGGAUGUUACUACCUCAUUGGUGUCCCUCUUGGACUAGUUAUGGACUGGGUUUAUGACUUUGGUGUGCAGGGUAUUUGGUGCUCUAUGAUCUUUGGUGGAACUGCUAUUCAAACUGGACUCCUAGCAAUCAUCACAAUUCGGCGGGACUGGGAGAAAGAGGCGAAGCAAGCAAUAGCCCGUCACAAUGGGUCAAUCAACGAUUGA